AUGUUCCUGCGCCUCUAUCCAACUGACAAGCUUGUCUACAUCCCGUUCGAGAGCCGCCGAAUCGAGCUGCUACUGUCGAAGUGCGAGAGAAGCAAAGACGAAUCGAACGAGAAGACCGAAGGAAUGGCACUUUCACAGAAGUCUCUGGCCGGUCCAGGCUACAUCAUCUUGAACGGCAUCCGCGUGGCCAAUGUUAUCGCCUUCCUCGCAGUCAUCACCGCGAGUGUGGUCAUGCUUGUCAAGAUUGAUACCGACACGCAUCUCUUCUUCUUCGAUGCUGUCAGCCAUGUCAUCACACUGGUGACAAGCAUGUUCCUGAUCGUCUCCGAACUCUCGCUAUUCCGCGGAUACUUCGCCCGCAACUGGCCACUUCUCAGCCCGAGCCAUGGCUUCGUCACCCUCGCAUUAGCUAUGAUUGUCCUCGGUAUCAAUGUCAUGGGCAAUCUCAACAAGCCUUCCGGCAGCCAAGAAGAGCUGGGCAUGGCAUUCUGGCGCAUCGUCAUCGCAUCUGGUAUCCUGAUCUUCAUCCUUGGCUGGUUCAACUUGCUUGCUAGCUUCAUCUUCCGCAGCCGCAAGCAGAACAUCACUGCCCGCCAGGUUCGCGCUCACGGUGCCGUCGCUGUCCACAAGACUCCAGUACCAAGCGAGCAUGGCUCAAUGACGCCACCAGCUCCCGUUCUGGCGCAGUCCUACAUCUCGAACCCGAUCACACCAUCUCCGACCAAGGCCAACAAUCCCUUCGAGUUCAUGUCUUCCUCCGAGCGCCGCACUCCAACACUGCCAUCGUACCAUACCGCCGCCUCGAGCACUGCCUCGCCAACCAAGACCUACGUUGAAGAAGAGCGCCCAACUUCACCCACUAGCAGAUACUCUCGCGUCACUGCUUGCACCAAGAAGAAGGUGUUCGGUGGUACACCAUGGUUCCGAUCAAGCAGACAGAGCCUCGCGCCACCACUUCCAGUCAAUACCUACACUCAGCCACAGCGAGAGAUGGAGAUCUCAGCACCGAUGGGUGUGAACCCGCAGUUCGCGCAUCUUGUGCAGCGCCCGGACAGUGCGUUGCACCCAAGUCGGACCGGAGAGUCUCAGGCUUUCAGGUGGCGAGUCUGA